AGAGGGAAGCAGGAGGUUGCAAAAGAUAAAGGUGCUACAAAUUCCCCAUUAAUAAAAAUCUCUUGCUGGGGGGGGCGGAGUCUGACCCCAAGCCGUGCAGACGCAUCUCACACAAGCUCCGGCCCGACUGGUGGAAACCGGACCAAAAGCAGCGGCUAUCAAGCUCGAAAUCGCUGGCCGGUGUGGGAUAUCCCGGUCCCCUCUGGCCACACAGACCAGCAAAGAAAGAGAGCAACACAGUCACAAGACAAGGCGGGGCAGCAGAUCCACAUGGUACAACCAAAAUGGCUGCCCAGCCUAGUUCUACAAAGCGAAGCACCCGCUCUAAAGCACACAUGUCCCCUAUGGCAGUGUUUGACCAGCAAUGUGAAGGCCUCAGGAAAGCCCUGCUAA